AUGCAGGGCUCAUCGUACUUCUCUAAGUUGAAAUUCUUGAUCGUUGCCGGCGUUGGCCUCUUCGGAGAUGGAUACUUGAACAUCAGCAUUGGACUUGUUGUCCCAAUGCUCGGCUACCUCUAUUUCGAGGAUGAGAAAAACAAAAUUCCUACCCUAUCAGGAAGUCUCAUCAAGUCUGCCCUCGCUAUCGGCAUGAUGUGUGGUCAAGUGGCUUUUGGAGUCUUUGGCGAUGCUCUCGGACGCCACAAGAUCUAUGGAAAGGAACUGAUGUUCACAAUCUUUGGCACUCUGAUGGUCAUUCUGAUGCCCUGGGGCCACAUCUCCCACCAAAGCGUGCUUGCAUGGAUGACUGUCUUCCGUAUUGUCACUGGCUUCGGCACUGGAGGAGAUUAUCCAAUGACCUCGUCUCUGUCUGCUGAACACACACCGAUGGGCUCCCGUGCGAAACUUGUAGGAUCAAUCUUUUCCUUCAUCGGUCUAGGAAGUAUGGCUUCAAGUAUCGUCUACCUGGUGCUUCUAGCUGCGUUCAAGUCCUCGGUGCAGGAAAACAUCCGCCACCUCCAAUGGGUCUGGCGAUUGCUCUUUGGCAUUGGCCUCGUCCCUCCCCUCUGUACCUUGUACUUCCGCUUGACAAUGCCCGAGAGCAAACCAUAUGAAAAAUGUAUGCAUGUCACAAUCUGCCCGUCAAUUGUCAGCGCUGAUGAGUCUCCAGAUGUCGCGAAUGAGACUUCACUGAAACAAAUUGGUCAGCGUGGUCUUCAUCAGCAGUGGCGAGAUUUCAGAGAAUAUUUCUCCGAGUGGAAACACGCCAAAGUACUAUUUGGUGUCAGUGCAGCCUGGUUCCUCUUCGACAUUGCAUACUACGGGAUCAACCUGAACCAGUCUAUUGUGUUAUCAAAGAUUGGCUACGGCAAAGCCGCUACGCCGUGGGGCACUCUGUGGAACACGGCCGUCGGCAACAUCAUUGUUUCUUCUGCUGGAUACCUGCCUGGCUUCUACGUCGGCAUCUUCCUCCCUGACCUUGUCGGCAGAGUCAGCCAACAAUUCUGGUGCAGCGUUGGCGUAGUUAUUUUCUAUGCUAUCUGGGCCGGCGUAUCCAACCACACUUCCACCGGAGGACUUAUCACCAUUUUCACCCUCUCGCAGCUUGUUCUGAACAUGGGUCCGAACGUCACGACCUUCCUCUUGCCCGUCGAGGUCUUUCCCACUCGUGUUCGAGGCACCGCCCACGGCAUUGCUGCCGCGUCAGGGAAAGCCGGUGCGAUCGUCACAUCGUUCGCGUUCGGCUUUCUGACCGACGCCAUCGGCCUCCCAGGCGUUCUCGGCUUCCUCGCCGGUAUCAUGGCUCUAUGCGCAGCUGUGACUUUGUUAAUCCCAGAGACCAAAGGACGAAGUAUUGACGAGAUUGAACGUGGUGUUUUGUAUGGUGACGACGACGGCAUCAAAAGCGUCGGAACCCCAAGUUCUGCCGCUUCUCCCGAGUUGGAAGGCCGCGAUCAGAUCUUCCCCAAGACUGUCGAGGUUUAA